AUGCCCAAUGAACACUACAGGCAAGCACCAAGUUCUCAGCCUGGGCACUGCCUGCCCACCUUCAACAAGCUGGCAAAUGGGAGUCAUCAUCCAAUGAUGCCUCAGCAGCCAAUGAUGGGCCAGCACCACUGGGUUUGCUGUGCACAUUGUAAUGCACCACGGCUCGAACAGCGCCUAUUUCAACUACCAGGAAACAGUGGCUUGGUUUGGCUGAGUCGCGCUGCAUCGGAGGAGACAGACGGCGUCAGCAAACAGAUUCGACUCUGGAACAAAAAACGGCAACGCAUGGAUUUUCACCUCAUUGCACUAGCCCUGAUGAUGUCACUGAUGGUGGGCACAUUGGCACAGGAUGGCACAAACCUGCUGGACAGCGCUCAGACCAACUCCCCCCAAGCUUCAGACGGAGAAAGUAUCAGUGAAACCAUCGCCAAAGCCAACCAGAAAAUCAAGUCUCGUCUGAUGCAGGGCGACAUUGUUGUGGACAAAGUUAGAAACACUGUUUCAUGCAGUAUUUGUAAAUGGCCCAAAUCUGGGUCAAAAGUCAAUAUCUACGUCCGCUUUGAUCCCACAUACAGUUCCUCUCAGAAAAGUCUGAUCCUCUCAGCAAUGAAAACCAUUGAGGACCGCACCUGUAUCAGGUUCUCUGAGAUCUCAGAAGCCUCCACACAGCACUUGUACAUCUUCUCUGGAGACGGGUGCUUUUCGGCCAUCGGGAGGCAGACUUCGAAGUUUGCACAGAGAGUGUCUCUGUCUAAAUAUGGCUGCCUCACACGUGCGAUCAUCCAACAUGAGAUUCUGCACGCACUUGGAUUCGCUCAUGAACACUCACGCAUCGAUCGGGACAAUCACUUGAUUGUCCUGUAUGACAACAUCAUCCCAAGUGAAAAACACAACUUCAACAAGUACGAGACCAACAACAUGUACACACCCUACGACUUCAACUCUGUCAUGCAUUACCACAAUUAUGAAUUAUCUAAAAAUGGAAAGCCCACGCUUCUGUCCAAGAGAAACCCAGCAAUGCGUUUUGGAUACGCAACUGGAGUGAGCUACUACGAUAUUUUGAGAGUGAACCUCUACUAUGCGUGCUGAAGCUGUGAAAUGCACAGAAGCAGUGGAGUGUGAUGGUGUCUUCACUGGUGCAGUGGAGCAGGUGUAGUCAUGGCGAUGGUGUCAGAUGAUUGUCUUUGGAGGGUCAUGAUAGAUCCUGAGAUUUACUGAUUUCGAUCAGAGUUAUUGUGCUGUCUCUACAAUAAAACCUUUGAACAAGUUA